UCGAGCUGAAAAUGAAAGGUUGAACAUGAUUUUUAUAUUCGUUGUAUUUUUCUUAUCUAAAUCCUCGAUCCGCGAAACAGCGGCGAGUCCCGCGGGCCCGCGCGCAGACAAAAAUGCAGAUUUGUUGGAAGUUAUAAAAUUGAAUCUCAGGACUAAUAACGACGAUUAUGCCGACGCGUCGACGACUUCCAAUGUGCCGAGCUCGAGUAUAUUGUAUAAUUAUAUGCGUCGGAAAAAUAAAAUAGAAUCUAUAAUUAUUAAUAAUAAUAACGUGCUCGAUUUUGAUAAACCCGAUUCAGUAAAUAACACCAAAAAUAAUAAUCAAAUGUUCAAGCCGAUAACCAUUGAUAACGAAAAACUGGAACAGGUAGUAAAAACGAAUACGAAAAAUCCACCAUCUCUGACCACGCAUUCAUAUGCCAUGCGAGUUAAGUUUUCCAAAUCGAAAGCAAACAAAAUUGAGAGGAUCAAAAAGUUCUACGAAAAGAAUAAAGACCUGUUGAAAGAGUUUCUGAGCAGUAAGAUAGCAGCCAAGACUCAAACUACAAAAGUGACUCAGAAACCGGACCUUAGACAGAAAGCUAUGGGAAAAUCGGUUCAUAGUGUUCAUAGACAGAAGGCUGCGAAAAACAUUGAAAUAAGGAAGAAGGUUAUUGGAACGAAUGGAGUGCUGAGCAGAGGACAGGACUUGUUCGGGAACGAGCAUGCUUCGGAGCCUCACAACGCCGAUCAGCUCGACAUGAUGCCAGCGAUUGGCGGGAGAAUACAUUUCAAGAGAAUAGAGGGUCGGCUGUGCCACCGGCACGUGAUCGUCCCGGAAGGCCCGAAGUACGACAGCAAGGGGCGCGUGUACCUGGCCGCGCACGCCGCCAAGGUGCGCCGCCCCUAUGACGUCACGCGCCGACCGCGCCUGCUGCUGCCCAAGUGCUGCAACUGCUGCCGGAAGAGCGUGCUCGGCUGCGAGUAGAUACCCCUGAUCGGUGCUUUACGAAAUAUGAACUGAAUAGUUUGUCGUCUAUGAGAUAUUACGACAUUGAAUAUAGGCAUUAUCCUAAGAACUUACGUAAAGAACUAAAACAACAUCCACACAAAUAAUAACUCAUUUAAAAUAAAAAUAAAAACAUUAUGAACUAAUAUUAAGUAGUAGUAAGUACAGCAUAAAUUGGA